AUACUUUGCCCCAGCAGUGUUUGUCGAGUCAAAGGUUUUCCUGAACAGCGGUUCACUUCACUUUGUCCCAAGCUGACGUCUGUGACUGUAGUUUACUCUGGACACGAUGGCUGCUGUUCAGAAACUCUUUCCUUAUACUCCUAAAGCACCUAUAAGGCAGGGGAUUUACAGCCAGGCGGUGGUGGUGGAUCGGACCAUGUACAUCUCCGGCCAGCUGGGGCUAGACGUGGCCUCAGGGAAGCUGGUGGAGGGAGGGGUACAGGCUCAGGCCAGACAGGCUCUGGUCAAUAUGGGAGAGAUCCUGAAAGCAGCUGGAUGUGGUUAUGACAAUGUUGUCAAGACAACCGUGCUGUUGGCAGACAUUAAUGACUUUGUCAACGUCAACGAUGUUUAUAAGACAUUUUUCAGCAAAAACUUCCCUGCCAGAGCUGCCUACCAGGUUGUUGCCCUCCCCAGAGGUGGUCUGGUGGAGAUCGAGGCUGUGGCUGUUCUGGGACCCAUCUCUGAGUCCUGACUAACCGGCAAGAAUAUCAACAAGCUGUAAACUAACUAACCUGGAAGUGAACGUUUAACAACCUUGAAAUAGUCCUAGUUUAAACAUUAAUUAAAUUAACCCAAACCACUCUUAGACUUAGACUACACUGCUCAGACAUUCUAAGGCCUUGAAGAGGAUAUAUAAUGUCAUAACUUGUUCCUGUUUGUACACUGAACAAAAAUAUAAAUGCAACAUAUUAGUGUUGGGCCCAUGUUUCAUGAGCUGAAAUAAAAGAUGCCAGAAAUGUU